AUGCCGACCUUCCAUCCUCCUCUCGCACAUACCUCUCACGUACCUAUACCUCAGACUGCCUCUCACGCAUACGUGCAACUCAAUUUCUUCGCUACUUUUACUGAUGGUGAAGAUGAAUCCGGUUCAUGGGAAUUAUGGACUGAUCUUCCCAGACUUGACGAUCAAGGGAACCCAACUUCUCAGCCUGGGGAAUGGAGAGCCGCUCAAUUUCAACCGUACAUCCCUCCUUCUCCACAAGAUACCAAACAAAAGCACAAGCAUCAACAAACAAAUGGCGAUGCAACCGCUUCGCCCCUCUACCUGAAAGCUUCGGCAGGAUACCCUUCUCCGACGACUCCUGGUCAGAAGACAUUCUACCUCUCCAUUGUCUUACCUGCUCUUCCGGAUCAACAGUACUCGUACACCUACCGACAUAUCACUUCAUCCGGUGAGACUCAGUGGCUUGGAGGAAUGGGAGGUAAUGGUUCCAUCAAGUUGAACGGAGACGACGUCGAACCUAAGAUUGAAGGUCCAAAAGUAGGCUCAUGGUCAGAGAACCUGGAUGGAGUCAAGGAAUCGGGGUGGUACGGUAUCGCUAUCGAGCUUCAGAAGUCAAAUGGGAAACUGAAGCCCAUUGUUCACACUAUACCCUCUAAAGCGCAAGUGACAGCUCACCUUGCCCUCCUCACGGCUCAACAACCAUUACACUCAUCUACUCUCUCAACUCUCACAACUUCACCCACAGCCACCUUUCCAUCGGCUACCUUACGACACCUGUCCAUCCUCUCACCCUCAUCACCACUCGAUAUUUCCCCUUCGUCCAUUCCUUCCGCUCCCGCUGACUCCUUCUACGGCCUGACAACCGGGUCGACUGCCGUCGAAGCUCUGAGAGCAGCAUUCAAAGCUGCCAAAGCCAAGGAGAAUAUCUUCCAUCUCGCAGAGGUGUCAGCAGAUCAUGAAGACGUCUCUGCAAUCUUCAUAUCAAGCGGUCAACAAGAACCCCAACAGGCAUAUUUGAUCAUUCACGCCCCAUCUCGCGCAUAUCCUGUCGAUAUCGCUGUUACUCUUCCUCAAGACAUUCUUGACCCUGUUCCCAUUGCUUUAUUCACCAACUCUAAAGGCCCAGUCUCCUACUUGUCAAAUCUCGAAUCGAAAUCAGGUAAUCGGAAAAUUCGCCUAACACUCGAGAAAGGAGCAAUCGCAGAGGUCAUACAAUUAGCCGAAUUUACAGAACUGAGAGGAUCAGGAGGUGAUGAUCCCAUAUGGAUCUGUGCUCCAGAUGCCAUCAACGUUGAAUUCGGUGAAGAAGAGAUAUCACAACCUGAAUUUACGGCCAAAUCAGCUCCUGUCUCAGCUUAUAACGAAGUCACUCCGGUAAAAAUUCGCGAUGAGGAGGAAGAGGUGAUGUCGAAACCAUCACAAACGCAGACUACCGAUAGCCAAUCAGCAACUACCUCAGAAGAAGAAGAGAACUCUGUACCGGUACAACCGCAUCCUGGACCUGCCGAGCCUACUCACGGAUGGUGGCUACUCCGAUUCAUUGGACGAUUUUUCGUUGAUAUCUGGGAACUGUUAUUAUCGCCUUUCAGAUCGAGCCCUGCCAUCACUGAUGGUACUUCACAAGCUGAACAAAGGGAAGGAGAGCAAGAAGAGAACGAUCCGGAUGUUCCAGCGAAUGAGAGGACUCCUCUUCUUGGCUCUCAAAGCAUGUCAAGAGAGACAUCCUCAUCCUCAACUGCAUUCGAUCCUUUAGCUACUCCUACAUCAAUCACCACCGUCAAAGAGGAAUUGAAGCCUAAGUAUCCAACUGAUGGAUCAAUCACCCCAGUAGGGCACAAUUCCUCACCGAAUGUAGAUAACAUUAUCGUCGCCGAUGAAUUUCCGAUGAUCAACUCCAUUCGAAUUAGAUCAUAUGCUCAAAUGACUUUCAAUCACUUACCACCUUUCAAGUUCCUCUUACCUCCCAAUUCAAUUGAUAUCACUUCAAAACUCAAAUUCACCGUGAGGGAAAAAGCUGCUCAACGAUGGGAAGAGGUAGAACCAAGUUUUGAGGACCCAAAAAAUCAUACUCAAUGUCAAGAGGUGAUUGUGGAAGGGAAGAAUGGAACGGGUGGGACGGAUUGGGAAGUCCAGGUGGAAAGGAUUUGA